AUGUCUUCCAUUACCAACAAUCCCCCAGGCGAGCGAGAACUAGUCUUCUGUCAUCCUUGCCGAGACGAAUGGUAUAGAGACGUACACGGCCUUGUUUGCCCAAACUGUGGUGGCGAUUUUGUUGAAAUUAUUGAGAAUGACCAUGAUCCACGUCUCCCUCCAGGCGGACCCUUAGAUCUCCCCGAUGAUUUUGAUAUCGACGACGGCGACGAAACAGACCCACGUCGGGAUCACUCACCCGCGACAUUCGUCCGCGUAGAAGGCCCCAAUUUCAGCUUUACAUCUACACAGCGUACAUUUGGGACCCGCCGCGGCGGUUUAGGUCGGACAGAAUCGGGUGAAUCAAGUGGAAAUGAAGAUCCAAACGAUCUGAUGAUGGUGCAGCUAUUCACCAAUAUGCUUCGGAACAUUGUGGGGGAUCAUGGCAUGCCGCCGGGAGCACGAGGCAGUCCCGGUGGAACACCGGGAAAUGAGCAACAAAACCCAAGAGGAGAGGAUGGGGAAGGGCAUCCCCCGGGGGCAGGAUCCGGGGGCGCCCACCCUCAUUCUCCACCAAUACCGUCGAUUUUUGGUGGUCCACCAACAGUGUUUUCUGGAGGAACUUGGCAUUAUGAUACGAAUGCUAGAUUGGGUCCUCGGGAUGCCAACUCACCACAGCCAGCCGGAGGCGAUGUACUUGAUUUGCAUACUAUUAUUUCUAAUAUCGUCGGCGGAGAUACCAACGGUAUUUUCGCUCGUGUCCUUGGGAUACCAGGAGGAGGGGGUGACUAUGUGUACAGUCAAGUUGAACUCGACCGAGUCAUUUCAGGACUCAUGGAACAGCACCAGGGAAACGCGCCACCACCAGCACGGAGAGAAGUGAUUGAAUCAUUACCGAAAAUCAAAGUCGAUCGAGCAAUGGUUGAUGACGGGGCCGACUGUGCAGUUUGUAAAGAGGAUUUGGUUGUUGACGAGGAGGUUGCCAAUUUACCAUGCAAGCAUAAGUAUCAUUUCGAAUGUGUGAAAAAAUGGCUAGAAGCCCACGACACAUGCCCAAUCUGCCGACACCCUGUCACGCCUGAAAACCAGAGGCCUCAGCCUCAAUCUCCUAGGCCCCAUAUUAUCACAAAUCCUUGGAACUUCCCGCCGGCACCACCACAAUCACAACCCUCUGGGCCACCUCCGGCUCCAGAUAAUGGCAGCGGCCACGCUAGUGGAAGCAGAAGCUCCGGUGGCGGAUGGGCUAAUAUCUUUAGGCGAAGUGGGGGCUCUGGUCAAUAA